UGUGAUUUGCCCGCUCUUGCCGGCCAGGGGCGGGACCAGCGGACGCACUGCUGCUCUGGGCCUGCGCGCAUCGGGGUCAGGGGUCACGGCGGCGUAUUUUGUGGCGGGAAAAGCUGUUUGCUGCGGGAUGGAUUUUAAGCGGAAACAAGGACCAGGCCCUGGGGUGCCCCCAAAGCGGGCUCGUGGGGGCCUCUGGGAUGAGGAUGAACCAUCGCAGUCUGAGAACUUGGCCAUGCUGGAGGAGAUGGAGGAUGAGAGUCUGCAGGAGGCAGAGGAGGAGAUGCAGCUGCCCCCAGAGGGCACUGUGGGCGGGCAGUUUUCCAUUGGAGACAUUGACCCGCGCUGGCUGCGGCCUACCCUACGUGCCCUGGACCCCAGCACGGAGCCGCUCAUCUUCCAGCAGCUAGAGAUUGACCACUAUGUGGGCUCAGCGGUGCCACUUCCAGGAGGGCCCCCAAAAUCUCAUAAUUCCGUGCCCAUACUGCGGGCCUUUGGAGUCACCGAUGAGGGCUUCUCCGUCUGCUGUCAUAUCCACGGCUUCGCACCCUACUUCUACACCCCUGCACCUCCUGGUUUCGGGGCCGAGCACCUGAGUGACCUGCAGCGAGAGCUGAACACAGCCAUCAGCCGGGACCAGCGUGGUGGGAAGGAGCUCUCCGGGCCAGCCGUGCUGGCCAUAGAGCUGUGUUCCCGUGAGAGCAUGUUUGGAUACCAUGGUCAGGGCCCCUCUCCGUUUCUCCGCAUCACCCUGGCGCUGCCCCGCCUUGUGGCGCCGGCCCGCCGCCUCCUGGAACAGGGUAUCCGUGUGCCGGGCCUGGGGACCCCAAGCUUCGCACCCUAUGAGGCCAACGUGGACUUUGAGAUCCGGUUCAUGGUGGAUGCUGACAUCGUGGGCUGCAACUGGUUGGAGCUCCCAGCUGGGAAGUAUGUUCCAAGGGCAGAGAAGAAGGCUACCCUGUGUCAGCUGGAGGUGGAUGUGCUGUGGUCAGAUGUGAUCAGUCACCCACCAGAAGGGCAGUGGCAGCGCAUUGCACCCCUGCGUGUGCUUAGCUUUGACAUCGAGUGUGCUGGCCGUAAAGGCAUCUUCCCUGAGCCGGAGCGUGACCCUGUGAUCCAGAUCUGUUCCCUGGGUCUGCGCUGGGGUGAGCCAGAGCCAUUCUUGCGCCUGGCACUCACACUGCGGCCCUGCGCCCCCAUCCUGGGUGCCAAAGUGCAGAGCUAUGAGCGGGAAGAAGAUCUGCUCCAGGCCUGGGCUAACUUCAUCCUCGCCAUGGACCCCGAUGUGAUCACCGGCUACAACAUUCAGAACUUUGACCUCCCAUACCUCAUCUCUAGGGCGCAAACCCUGAAGGUGGACCGCUUCCCCUUCCUGGGCCGUGUGACUGGUCUCCGCUCCAACAUUCGCGACUCCUCCUUCCAAUCAAGGCAGGUGGGCCGGCGGGAAAGUAAGGUGGUCAGCAUGGUGGGCCGAGUUCAGAUGGACAUGCUGCAGGUGCUGCUGCGGGAAUACAAGCUUCGUUCCUAUACAUUGAAUGCUGUGAGCUUCCACUUCCUGGGUGAGCAGAAGGAGGAUGUACAACACAGUAUCAUCACUGACCUGCAGAACGGGAAUGAGCAGACGCGCCGCCGCCUGGCGGUGUACUGCCUGAAGGAUGCCUACCUGCCGCUUCGGCUGCUUGAGCGCCUUAUGGUGCUGGUGAACAAUGUGGAAAUGGCGCGUGUCACAGGUGUGCCCCUUGGGUACCUGCUCAGCCGAGGCCAGCAGGUCAAGGUCGUGUCUCAACUGCUGCGCCAGGCCAUGCGCCAGGGGCUCCUGAUGCCUGUGGUGAAGACUGAGGGUGGUGAGGACUACACGGGAGCCACUGUCAUUGAGCCCCUUAAAGGGUACUAUGACGUCCCCAUUGCCACGCUGGACUUCUCCUCUUUAUACCCAUCCAUCAUGAUGGCCCAUAAUCUGUGCUACACCACACUGCUACGGCCCGGGGCUGCCCAGAAGUUGGGCCUUAAAGCAGAUGAAUUCAUCAGGACACCCACUGGGGAUGAGUUUGUGAAGUCCUCUGUGCGGAAGGGCCUCCUGCCCCAGAUCCUGGAGAAUCUGCUGAGUGCCCGCAAGAGGGCCAAGGCUGAGCUGGCUCAGGAGACGGACCCCUUGCGGCGCCAGGUCUUGGAUGGAAGGCAGCUGGCACUGAAAGUGAGCGCCAACUCUGUAUAUGGCUUCACUGGUGCCCAGGUGGGCAAGCUGCCAUGUUUGGAGAUCUCCCAGAGCGUCACUGGAUUCGGGCGGCAGAUGAUUGAGAAAACCAAGCAACUGGUGGAGUCCAAGUACACUGUAGAAAAUGGCUACGAUGCCGAUGCCAAGGUGGUCUACGGCGACACUGACUCUGUGAUGUGCCGAUUUGGUGUCUCCUCUGUGGCUGAGGCGAUGUCUCUGGGUCGGGAGGCUGCCGGCUGGGUAUCAAGUCAUUUCCCAUCGCCUAUCCAACUCGAGUUUGAGAAGGUUUACUUUCCGUACCUGCUCAUCAGCAAGAAGCGCUAUGCUGGCCUGCUCUUCUCCUCUCAGCCUGAUACCCAUGACAGAAUGGACUGCAAGGGCCUGGAGGCUGUGCGCAGGGACAACUGUCCCCUAGUGGCCAACCUUGUUACAUCCUCGCUACGCCGAAUCCUCGUGGACCGGGACCCUGAUGGUGCCGUAGCCCAUGCCAAAGAUGUCAUCUCGGACCUGCUGUGCAACCGCAUAGACAUCUCCCAGCUGGUCAUCACCAAGGAGCUGACCCGUGCAGCGGCCGACUAUGCGGGCAAACAGGCCCACGUGGAACUGGCUGAGAGGAUGAGGAAGCGUGACCCCGGCAGCGCGCCCAGCUUGGGAGACCGAGUCCCCUAUGUGAUCAUUGGUGCUGCCAAAGGCGUGGCUGCCUACAUGAAGUCGGAGGACCCCCUGUUUGUGCUGGAGCACAGCCUGCCCAUCGACACCCAGUACUACCUGGAGCAACAGCUGGCCAAGCCGCUGCUGCGCAUCUUUGAGCCCAUUCUGGGCGAGGGCCGUGCAGAAUCCGUGCUGCUCCGUGGUGACCACACACGCUGCAAAACUGUGCUCACCGGCAAGGUUGGUGGCCUCCUGGCCUUUACCAAGCGUCGCAACUGUUGCAUUGGCUGCCGCUCCGUGAUCAACCAUCAAGGAGCUGUGUGUGAGUUCUGUCAGCCACGGGAGUCAGAACUCUACCAGAAGGAGGUGUCACACCUGAAUGCCCUGGAGGAGCGCUUCUCGCGCCUCUGGACACAGUGCCAGCGUUGCCAGGGCAGCUUGCAUGAGGAUGUGAUCUGUACCAGCCGCGACUGUCCCAUCUUCUACAUGCGCAAGAAAGUACGCAAGGACCUGGAGGACCAGGAGCGGCUGCUGCAGCGUUUUGGACCUCCGGGCCCAGAGGCCUGGUGAUCUGAUAAAGGGACAGAGAAUAAAGUUCAG